AUGUCUGCCGCUGGUUAUGACAGACACAUCACCAUUUUCUCACCCGAGGGACGACUUUAUCAAGUCGAAUAUGCUUUUAAAGCUACAAAUCAAGCCAAUAUCAACUCCCUUGCCAUCAGAGGUCAAAAUUGCAGUGUGGUGAUAAAUCAAAAGAAAGUGCCCGAUAAGCUAUUGGAUGCGUCUACCGUGUCCUAUAUUUUCAAGAUAUCGCAACAUGUCGGUAUGGUCGCCAACGGUGCUAUUCCAGAUGCACGGAACGCCGCACUUAGAGCCAAAAGUGAAGCCGCUGAGUUUCGCUACAAGUACGGGUACGACAUGCCCGCAGACGUUCUCGCCAAGAGAAUGGCCAACUUGUCUCAAAUCUAUACGCAACGUGCGUACAUGCGCCCACUGGGCGUGAUACUGACGUUUGUGUCCGUCGAUGAAGAACAAGGUGCUUCGAUUUACAAAUGUGACCCUGCAGGCUAUUACGUUGGUUACAAGGCCACUGCGACGGGUCCCAAACAACAGGAAAUUUUGAGUGGGCUCGAGAAAUAUUUCAAGAAGAAAACCGUGGAUUAUUUGGACGAAGAGUCCUGGACCAAAGUUGUCGAGUUCGGCAUCAAACAAUUGAUCGAUUCCUUGGGAACAGAUUUCAGUAACAAAGAUCUCGAAGUCGGGGUCGCCGUGGCGGAUAAAUUCUUCACGUUGACUCUUGACCAAAUUGAAGAACGGUUGGUCGCCAUCGCAGAAGAGGAUUAA